AAAUGUGAUUUGGAUGGGGAAGGACGUAUUAUUUAAAAAAUGUUUUAAAGAAAUAAUUGGUUUGAAUAAUAUGAUAUGAUGCUACUAAUAGAUAGUUGGGCAAUCAAAUGCAGCUUUUUAAAACUUCUUUUUGGUAUCGUAGAACUCGAAGUGUAUUAAUCUGUCAGUUAAUGGCGUGUCGUUCAGUUGUAUACAUUAAACACAGAUAAUGUUAAACGCGUUGAGUGGGUCCUGAUCUGCAGGGCUGAUAGGGCUGGACGCACCACCCGGUGGGCUCGAGAUAACAGGAUCCUUCAGACCAGAAGAUACUUAAACGCUAUUUGACGCACGUUUCACAAGAUUCACAACGACCAAGACAAGGACAAGAAGACAUAAUCAAAACGCCACCACAUGGAGGAAAAGAAGCCUUCUCGUUUGUAUUUUAUCGGCAAGAAAGAAGAUCUCAUUCAGGCCAAGAGAACGACUGUAACUCUGGAUGGAAGAGACAUUCUUAUUAUAUAUCAUCAGAGAACGUUCUAUGCAAUGGAUCUGCAGUGUUACCAUGCUGGCAGUACCUUGGAAACAGGAGAUAUUGAGGAAAUCAACAACAAGCUCUGUAUUGUGUGCCCAAAGCACAAGUAUAAGAUCACUCUGGCUGAAGGCGAGGGGUUAUACAAGGCCAAAAACCCCAUGGAAGCAGUCCCUACCCCGCAGUGGUAUUCCAAAGGCAUAAAGCAGAGAGUGCACAAAGUGACGGAAGUAGACGAAGACAUCUUUGUGACGUUGUCCACUUGCCCCGGGUGGAUUGAGUCAGACUUUUAUCAGACUGAGAAGGGCAGGGCAGAACUGAGAAAAGCGCAGGAGUCGGAGGAUGGAGAAGAAGACGUGAAUGCAGAUGCAGAUGAAGACGUAUAGUCUGGAAGCAACAGUGAGACGAGAGCUUCAAAGAUCCUAAGGGAACUGCAUAUAUUAAGAUUGAUGAUUUCAGAGUCAGUCUGCUUGAAUAAAAAUGCAAUUUGACAUCAUGAAUCACAAUAAUAUCAUACCCUUUUUGGUGACAGUGCCAGGCUCUCUGUACAUCUCCAUAUUUCAUAUUGAUGCCAGUAUAAAUAUAUAUAUAUACAUAUAUUACAUUUAUGCAUUUGACACGAUCCAAAGCCACUGCUUUCAAGGCAUACAUUUUUAUUAGUUCAUGCAUUUCCUUGGAAUGCUCUACUGUUUUAGUUACAGGAAUGCAAUAAUAAUAGUAAAAGAUGUUCAAAAUAAUUUUGGAGAUGGUUUGAUAACACACUUUUCUCGUAUUAUGAUAUCUUUGGGUAUAACAGAAGGUUGGAACAGUCUAUUUUCAAGCUGUGAGCUCAUAUUGACAUUGAUAAUGCCAUGUUUAUUUUAGCAAAAAUUCAAUUGAUUCUUGCACAAAUAUUUAAUUUGGCAUUUAAUUAUUAUUUCAUGCAUGAAAUAUACUAAAGAGAAACAAUGACCAUCAACUUCAAGCAUAGCAGAAAGUAAAUGGCAAAGUGCCAGAAAUUAGACAGUCUUGGAAUACAUCAUAAUUAAUUUUCAUAUUUUAAUAAAUAAUUCAAUUUGUUUGGCUCCUGCA